UUUCAGUGGGAGGCAGCGAGUCUCUGUCUCCAGGCGCUUUAUUCAACACGAGGCCGUGAGAUGAAGUCACACACACUGCGACUGUAGUCGACUCCCACUGGCUGAGCAGCACAGACGGCUCUUUAUGUGCUCGAGUACCAGCUGGUACCACGACUCCUCUUCCUCCUCUGGACUUCAUCUGCCGGAGCCUGUGGACUCACGACAUGGACCUGCAGCUGAGGAACCGACCUGUGGACCUUCUCCUCAGAUUCACUGUGCUCGUCCUCUUUUCUACACUUUGUGCGGCUCAAAGACUGUGCACGGUUCCUCCCGGUCCUGUGACCGUGUCAGAGAACCUCACGGCUGACGUCCAGGUGGUCCAGAUCCUCUCUGGUGCUGACGUGACCCUGACGCUCACAGUGAACCCUGAAGAUCUGUUCUACCUGAAGGGAAACGUCCUGAUGGUGAAGAAAGGACUUGACUACGAGUCAUUGUCCAGUACAACUCUGGUGGUGUGGGUUCAGUGCAGCGGAGCUGGAUCCACGUCUGUGAAUGAGUCUGUUGACGUUCUGGUAGAAAAUGUGAACGACAAUCCUCCGAACUUUGCACAAAACCACUUCGUAAUAGAAGUGAAUGAGCUCACAGCCAUUAACUCCAGCGUGGCUGUGAUCGAAGCUUCGGACGUGGACUCGGAGCCGUUGUUCUAUCGUUUAGAAUCUGCAACAGACAAAUAUUUCCGUCUGGAAAACAUCAACUCUCCAAAGAUCCUUGUGAAAAGUCUCCUGGACCACGAUGUCGUACAAAAGAUCUCUCUGGUUUUACACGUCCAGGACACGUUCAACGGCUCGGCCUCCAACAAACCCUUCUUCACGUCCGUGGCCACCGUCACGGUUCACGUGAAGGACGUUGACAACCGGCCUCCGUGGUUUCAGCCGUGUCUCAGGACAAACUUAGGAAUCGCCAAACUGUGCGUGAGCAGCGGCUACAGAGGAAAAGUCAACCUGACGGAGAAAGAGGAGGGGCCGUUGGUGCUGGAGCCGGGGCCGGUGUUCGCCAGGGACGGAGACAAGAACCGGAGCGAGCAGAUCAGCUACAGGAUCCUGAGAGGAAACGAAGGAAACAUUUUCCAGAUCGAUGAAGACACAGGAAACAUCACCAUGACCAAAGCUGCUGAUAUCGUCGGACCAAUAACUCUCACAGUUCUGGCGUCUCAGGUGACCAACAGGGACCAGUUUGCUGUGACUCAGGUGACCAUGGAGGUGAUGAAGAGGAGCAGGAACCCUCCUCGCUUUGAGAGGGAGCGAUACGAAGGAUUCAUCUACAGUAACUCCGUCCCUGAGAGCAUGAUCCUCCGGGACCGGAGCACCAACCGGCCCUUCAGGGUCCGAGCCCGGGACGAGGACUUCGCCGCCGGUUUGAAUCCAGAUGUGAAAUACGAGGUUCAGUACAGCAGCUACGUCAACGUGACGUCAGACGGCUUCAUGAUCCUGAAGAGAGUCGUGAAGACAGAAUCUUUCGCACUUCAGCUCCGAGCAGUGGAUUCGACGACAGGAGAGUUUGGCACCGCAGCCGUUUCCGUUCAGGUGAUUCCAGCCGUGGCGAUCCCGUCUCCCUCCAACAUCGGCUACCGGCCGGGGGACAUGGCGCUGCUGGGUCUGGUGAUGGCGGCUCUGCUGGUCCUCUGCCUCAUCGUGAUUGGCUUCUUGAUCUCCCGCUUGUGGAAGGGAAACGGCAGCGUGGACAAGUUGUGUGAGUGCCUUGGCCCCUGUCUGAAGUCGGACCAGCCUCGGGCCGGACACCGGGACUCCCUGCAGUACACCAACGACGGCUUCCAGAACGAGGCCGACCAGAGCCGUGGGGGCGCCAGGCGCUGGAACAACAUCCUCCCCAGACGGAGCACCUUCCCCCAGGCGCAGGGGAGACGGAGCCACCACUGCUCCUCCUGCGGCGUCUACACCAACCACGUCCCCAAGGGGAGCCCCUCGGUGAGACCGGGACGGAGGGGCCGAGGAGACGGGGACGAGUACGGCAAGAGGUCGCUCCUGAACAAGCAGAGGAGGAAGGAGGGCCAGAAGACGGUGUGGUUCAAAGAGAUCGAGGACUCGUCGGACAUCGAGGUGGAGAUCAUCCCGGACACCGUGGGCCGGGUGGAGGAGGAGACCGAGGAGGAGCUGGAGGGGGAGGUGGAGAUGGAGGGGGUGGUCAGAGACCCGGCCGCCCCACUGAGAGGCUCUGAUGACGGGCAGGAGAACCAGAACACACGACCCAGUGAGGAGCAGGACUGUGGAGUUACCAACUCAGAGAAAGAGAAGGAGCAGGAGGGCUGACGGCAGAGGUCAGAGGUCAGAGGUCGAACUGGAGUCAGAGAAAACUCAGCUGUUGGUUUUCUUCUCACUUUCUGGAGACAACAGGCCACAGCAGAGGUCUGAGUCCAGGAAGAAGCUUCACAUCUCUGGGAACUGAGCGUGAAGAACAAGGAUCCUGAAGUGUUUUCUACUGUGAGAAUCGGAGCUUUUACUCUUUAAAUAUAUGGUGUUGGUCAAAUGUAUCGUGUGAAAUUAUAUGUUUGAGAUUCAGAUCCUGACCUUUAAAGCAACAUUACACAACUUGAAACCUUAAAGCAGCAGCUUCUUUAAAAGACUUUGAAUGUUUCUCAUCUCAUUCUCCAGAAAACAGCGUCCUGACAUGUUGUGUAGUUAGUGUGUGAAGCAGCAGCAGCAGGUUGUCGGUCCGACUCCUUCACAGCAACAUGUGGGGAGGGGCGGAGCCUGUAGAGCAGCAGGAGGUGGAGAGAUCAGUGUUGUUUACAGCUCAUCCACACCAAGAGGACGUUUCAGGAGAACAUCUGGAGCAUCAGGUCUGACAGCAGCUGUAAUGUUGCUCUAAAGGAAAACUUGGGUCUUCAUUGAUUGUGUUGGUCGUUGUUUCUGUUUCAGGACAACUUUAAUAAUCAGACGGAUUCUAAACAACCUGUUAACUUGGGGACGAUGAAGUGAUUCUUCGUCGGUUUAGCUGUUAGAUAGUUUCCAACAUUUCAGGGGAGCUCGGUUUCAGUGAAGCUGAAGUGAUCGGGACUUUGUGGUGAAACAUGUGAAACUUUAAUACUAAACAGCUGAAGUGACUCUUGUAUGUUGACUGUAUUUUAUUGAGCACAUUUGGUUAAAUAACUUCUCUGGUUAAUAAAUAAAUCUGUGGUUGACUUUUUGUACAUUAAAGUGACUGAUGUCGGGGGUGUGAGGGAAUAAUAAAAGUUUGAAGCGUUUGUUUCA